UAGUAACUAGAUUUAACUGUCAUUGAUUCAGUUCUCUCAAUCUGGUUAUCAGAUAAGUAAUUAUUAUAAUAUUCCUGGUUUAUAAAAGCAAAAUUUUCAGUAAUGGCCACCACAAGCAAUAAAUGUCCAUUUGGUGAGCGUAUAAUCCGCUUGAAUCUAACAGCAACAUCGAACACAUCGAUGGCAAGGCACGAUCAAAGCCAUAACGAUAAUGAUGCAGAGCGGGCUCGCGGUGAAAUAAAUAACAAAACUUGUAGCCACUGUUUCCUUCACUUUGGAAUUGUUUCAUUAUUUUGUCUGUUGCUCGCAUUGGUCUGGCUUAUAUUUAUGAGUUUGGAUUUCUAUGACUGUACGCCCGAGGAGCGUUUCGCUCGCCGCCAUCUGGCGUAUGUCUCAAGGGAAGAGCGUCAGCGUUUAGGUGGUCGGGUAAGGCUUUCACCGCUGGAGGAGAAGGCUAAUUUCCAUUUGAUGAAUGACCUAAAAAUGGACAAUCAAUCGCAACAAAUUUGGCGUAACUAUGAGCCACAUUCGCAUUUACUUAAUAUUUACAAUAUCAGCGAAACGAAACUAUAUAGUCUUUUACGGACUAUGCCCAAGGGUGGUCUACUUCAUGUUCACGAUUCGGGAAUGCUGAAUACCAAAUUGCUAGUGGAGCUAAUCGAACGCGAUGAUCUUUGGACAUGUGUAGGCAUGGAUAAUAGUUUCGAAGAUUUUCGUUUCUCGCUAAAAUUUCCGUCCCAAAUUGGGCCUCAAAGCGAUUACAAGUGUACUUGGAUGCUGAUGAGUCAACUUAAGCAGCGUGACAAUCAAACCGUGAUUGAGGAACAACUAAAGUCUAGUCUGUCAAUGAAUGUUCAUAGUUUCACGAACUCCACACAUUUGGCCAGACAUUUAAGACGGGCACAUCGUUUGGUUUAUGGUCUAAUAACAUUUCGUCCAGUGUGGCGAAAUUUUUUGUUUAACAUGUUGGAGGAUUUCUAUGCAGAUGGCGUGAGCUAUGUGGAAUUACGCUCAUCUCUGCCAGUUUUGUAUGAUCUGGAGGGCAAUAAUUAUUCACUUUUCGAUACGGCCCAUUCGUUGGCUACAGCAGCGAAAAUUUUCAAAUCCACUUACCCCAAUUUUAUUGACCUAAAAUUAAUCUAUGCUCCACUGAGAGAAUCUAAUGAUAAUCGCUUGGAUGAAUAUAUAGAAAAUGUUCGGAUGUUGAAGAAACAAUUUCCCAAUUUAAUCACCGGCUUUGACCUACUCUCAUUGGGUAAUGAAUGUGAUUUACCGCAAUUGUCACAAUUAAGACAACUUUUGCAUAUUAGUAAGGAAAUUGAUUUCUAUUUUCAUGCCGGUGAAUCACGUUGUAUGGAUAUGGCCAAAACAAAUGAGAAUCUACUCGAUGCUCUAUUAAUGGGUAGCAAACGCAUUGGCAAUGCCCUCAAUUUGCCGCUGCAUCCGGAAAUCUUAAAAACAAUGAGACAAUCGAAUGUGGCCAUUGAGAUAAAUCCACUCUCGAAUUAUUAUCUACAGUAUGUCAAUGAUUUUCGUCAACAUCCGGCAGCGUAUUUAAUUGCCGCUGGUUUUCCCAUUGUCGUUGGUUCUGAUUAUCCAUAUUUUUGGAAUGCCUCGCCACUGACAUCGGAUUUCUAUGUGACAUUCGUUGGCAUUGCCAGUGGCCAGGACAAUUUGCGUCUACUGAAACAGUUGGCCAUGAAUUCCUUUAUCUACAGCUCACUGAACGGUGAGGAGAAGAUGACUGCAAUGGCCAAAUGGCAGUGCCAUUGGGAUAAUUGGCUCAAGCGUUUUGUCAGCCAAUGAUUCAAACAUAGAACAAAUGAGAGAGAAGAGAGAGAGAGAUGUUAAAAAAGAUAUUUGUAUUGAAAA